AGAAACCCACCUUGCAAGAACACUUAAGCAAAAAUCACACAUAUAGCAGCAAACAUCCUAAAUAAAUGUAUGCAUAUUUAACAUAGUAGUGAAUUAAAUGGACAAUAGGCUGUGCCCAAUGAACACAAAUAUGCCCUAACAUUGGAAAAAUCUUUCAACUCUAUUUAUCUACAUUAACAAAAUAAUGGAACUAAAAAUAUAUGAUCACAAAUGGGUACAGAAAAAUCCUUUGAAAGAUAUUCAACACUAGAUAAUGGAAAAAACUUGGAUCAGAGUAAGAUGAGAAAGGAAUUCCCUUUUUCAUUUCUGUGCAACUAAAACUACCCUUAAAAAAAUGAAGUCUUGAAAAACACACAGAGAAUCAACAACAAUGUCUGAACAAUAAAAUAGGAGAAAGCCCUGGGGAAAACUGAAAACUGCUGAGCUGGUAUAUCUGUUUGGGUUGGGGACUCAGGUCACAUCAGGGAUGUGGGGACGGAAUAUAGGCUGCAUAAAUGCAGACGACGGGAUUGAUAGGGGGACCAAUUUUCAACUUAUGCUUCUGCUUCCCUGCACAAAUCUGAGGCAGGAUCUCAGAGCACGUGUGACGGUAGCCCUGGGGUAAUAAAAGGACACAGGGAAAGGUGGGAUGAAUGAGGCAUUUGACUCCAGAGUCUGUGCUAAUAACCACCUGAAAGAAUCUUAGUGGUAAGGAAUGCCCAUUCAAAAAAUUAUUUAAAUAGAAUAUAAAGAAUCAACCUGAAAUACAAUAGCGAGUAUCAAAGCAAAUCAUAUAGUAAGACAAGGUAUUUUUUUCAUAAAGUAUAUAAACACUCUACAGAUAUAUAAAUACAUAAUUAUAAACACAUAAAGUGAACUGAUAUGUACAUAUAUAUGUCUAUGUCCAUAUCUAUGUGAUAUGCACAUACAUGUGUAUUUAAACACAUAUAAUCUACACACCUUAUAUAUAAGUAUAUAGUACAAAAGCUAAGUACAGAUGGACAGUGUAUUUCUAACGAUGAUGGAGCGUGACUAAGGACAACUCGCUGCAGCAGACCCUACAAGAGUGGAUAACCCUAAAAACGUCGGACCUAGCCCCAAACCUCCUGCAGCUGCUCAGGCUCUUCAGGAAACUCAAUCUUUAACAGAAUGUUUCUGAAGUCGGGCUGCUGGCCAAGGGACCCCUCGGGAAGGACAGAUUCUCCUCUGACGCUCCCGGGGUCAAAUGCACUACAGCUUCACGUCAGGCAACCGUCCCAUGACUGCGUGUGUCACACAAGGGUAGAGGAGGGCCUCCUGGGUGAAGACUGAGGGGUCACACGUCCCAGAACACUGGGGGCCACCGAACUCCGCUGUGUCCCUGCCAGCGGCCCUGAGAGAACCCGGACCCUGUGAGCAGGCGAGGCACAAGCCCGGCAAACCAUCCCUCAAGUGCUCAGUGAUGUCGGACACUGAGAGCCUUGGUCUAAGGGGCACAGACUCGGGGCUGCAGAGUGCGGGGGCUCCAUCCUACCAGAGUCCAGGGGAGGAGCCCAGGGAGGACCGAGGGACCCCGGCCCGCCCGCUCCCCUCUCCUGCCCCACGUAGCCCACCCCGGAACCCAUCUGCGCCCCACGUGCUGGCACCCUAAGGGACCCCUUCCUGUGGGGUCCGGAUGUGACGAGCGCCGACUUCCGCCUCGGAGGCCUGAGAGACGCCGGGACCUCCGUGAGUGGGAGGACGGGUCUCGGUCGGGAGACGCCAGGCGUGCAGGGGCUUCCAGAGCUCAGAGUCGAAGCCUAGGUCCGAGGCAGGAGCCUCUAAGGUCCCAGAGCAGGGGAGGUGCAGGUGAGUGCCAGUGGUCAAGGGUCAGCCCGACACAAACGCCAUGCCCCUGGGUCAGAGGGGUGAGCUCUGGAAGCUGGAGGAAGACCCGGGCCCGGCCCAGGGCCUGGUGGAGGCACAGCUGGCAGGGGCUGGGGAGGAGGAGGUCCCCCGCGCCCCCUCCUCCUUCUCCGCUUCGGCCUCCUCCCAGUCCGAGGCCACAUCUGGCUCCUGCUCUGCUCUGUUUCUGGUCCCCUCAGAGGAGGGGUCUGCUGCUGGGUUCCAGAGGCGUCCCCAGAGCUCUCUGAGUGCCCGCCCCUCCCCCACUGCCCAGGCAGCCACUGCCUGCAGCCAGCCUGACCAGGGCUCCAGCAGCUCCGAUGAGGAGGGGACGAGCCCCUUCGUGGAGCCCGAAGAACCCCAGCCGGGGCUCCAAAACCUACUCCAGGGGAAGCUGGCCGAGCUGGUGGAGUUCCUGCUCCUCAAGUAUCACACCAAGGAGCCGACCAGCCAGGCAGAGAUGCUGGAGAUCGUCGGUAAGGAUGCCCAGGAUGCCUUCCCUGUGAUCUUGGGCCAGGCCUCUGAGUGCAUGCAGCUGGUCUUUGGUAUGGAUGUGAAGGAAGUGGACCCCAGCGACCACUCCUACGUCCUGGUCCCCGUCCUGGGCCUCACCUAUGAUGGGAUGCUGAGCGGUGAGGAGGGAGUGCCCAAGACCGGCCUCCUGGUGGUGCUCCUGGGGGUGAUCCUCCUGCAUGGCGACCAUGCCCCCGAGGAGGAGGUGUGGGAAACGCUGGGGGUCAUGGGGGUGUAUGCCGGCCAGGAGCACGUCAUCUACGGGGAGCCCAGGGAGCUCCUCACCAAGGUCUGGGUGCAGGAAGGGUACGUGGAGUACCGGCAGGUGCCCGGCAGCGACCCUGCCCGCUACGAGUUCCUGUGGGGUCCCAGGGCCCACGCCGAAACCAGCAAGUUGCAAAUGCUGGAGUAUUUGCUCCGGGUCAGGUGCGGGCAGCCGGCUUCCUCCCUGGCCCUGUCUGAAGAGGCUGUGAGAGAUGAGGAAGAGGGGGCCUGAGCCCCGGGGUCCACCAGGCCCUUUCCAGGCUUUGCUGGGUUCGGCAGCCUCUCCCGCGGGGUGCUGGGCAUGAAGUGAGGCCGCUUGCUGGUUCUUCCCUGUGUGUGUGUUUGUGUGUGCGCGUCAAGUCAGAGCCCUGGGCGUUUUAAGGAAUGCAGGGCCAGGGAGGGUUGGGAGAAGAAAGCAGGGCAAGGAGCCUCCUGGGGGUGGGGGGGGUUGUUUCCUGGGAUGACUCCCACAUCCAGAGCUUGGUGUCCUUGUGGAAGCUCUCCUGUGGGAUUCCUUGCCAUAGAAGGUUUCAGCCACUUCGGGGGCUGACUGUGUGAGUACCAUCCACUCCGCAGCAUUUGUUCUUACCCAGUUCAAGAGUUAAGAGUUUUAUCAUAUACCCGGGGCGCCUGGGUCCUCUGUUGUUUAAGCAUCUGCCAUCGGCUCAGGUCAUGAUCUCAGGAUCCUGGGAUCGCACCCCACAUGGGGCUCCCCGCUCGGUGGAGACCCUGCUUCUCUCUCUC